AUGCCCCCGACCUCGUCCGCACUCGCCAUGCCGAUCCCCCUGUCGACGGUAUCCUUCACGCCGCCGCCGCACCUGUCUCUCGCCGCGAUUCUCGCCCUCGGAUCCAUCGUGUUGGGCCGUACUGUUCUCCUCCUCUGGUCCCGCCUCGGAGGCGGGACAUUCGACGCGACGCUCGUCGAGCUCUUCGCUCGCGAGAAGCUCGACAAGCUUGCUCAGCCCGUUCCGUACAGCGUCAAGGACCUCGAGGCAGAGGCUCUGCAAGCCGAGGCCAUGCAGAAGCUCUCCAAGGCUGAGAAGCUCGAGAAGCCGGCUGUUCCCCCACGACCAUCCCCGAAAGCCAAGCCGGAGCGAACCCAGGUCCCCGCCGAUGUGUAUCUGACAGACGACGAGAUCAUGUCCAUCCUCUACACGUCCGCGACGUUCCGCGAGUCGACAAGCGUCCUCGGUUACGCCCCGGAUCCCCUUCUCCCGCCGCUGAUUGAGGUGGACGAGGAGUAA